GGGGCUGACGCCGCUGGAGGUGAACUUGUCUGCAUGUUUUCACGGCGCAGCAGCUCCUCCGGUGUGGCUUUGGGAUGACACCCACUGGCUUUCUCUUUCUCUGUAAUGAAAGACGCCGUGCCAGGCCGGGCGAGGAUAUAAACCACCAGUUAGACAGGGAAAUAGGUGAUUAAACUGAGAAGUUACACAGACCAACCGCUAAGUUAGCCAGCGCCGGCUAACGAGGCUAGCCAGCCAGCUGUGAUCCACCUUGUAGGGGAAUAAGUGUUAAAGUCUUUACUAACUAAUAUCACUGAGCGUAAGCCUCGUCGAUUUCUUCUCGGCAAAGUUCACACUGACUACCAAACAUGUCGCUUUUCCAGCUGACAGGAGUGACCAUCUUCACUACUCCCUAACAGACCUCAAAGUCAGCCUAGCAGCCUCGCUAACCGUAGUCCGACACCGGCCGGGCUGAUGUCACUCCGGACCCCCGCUGCAUCAUAACCCGCUCAGCUGUCACUGCAGUGUGUGUGGUUGAAAACGAGCACCUUCAAAACGGCAGCGGAGGACAAGGCUCGCUCACCGGACUCCCCUCAGCCCACAGCCUCAGCAUCCAGCUCGAAGAUGGAGGUGGCCAUGGCUCACCCAGCUCUCAAAGCCUUUAUGUGUGGCUCUCUCAGCGGCACCUGCUCUACGCUGCUCUUCCAGCCUCUGGAUCUGGUCAAGACGCGCCUGCAGACCCUGCAGAACAACGCUAAGCCAGGUGCGCCAAAGGUGGGGAUGUUUACCGUUUUCAUCAACGUCAUAAGGACAGAGAAUUUCUUCAGUCUGUGGAAGGGGGUGUCACCAUCAUUUGUGCGCUGCAUCCCUGGAGUGGGCAUCUACUUCAGCACCUUCUACUCCCUAAAGCAGCACUUCUUUGUGGACCGGGCACCCAACGCCGGUGAGGCUGUUCUUCUGGGCGCCGGGGCCAGAGCGGUGGCCGGUAUCUCCCUGCUGCCCGUCACCGUCAUCAAGACACGUUUUGAGAGUGGCCAUUAUAACUACGUGAGUGUGGCUGGUGCUCUGAAGAGUGUGUAUGAAACGGAGGGCAUCAGGGCUCUGUUCUCAGGGCUGACCGCCACGCUGCUGCGAGACGCUCCCUUCUCCGGCAUCUACGUCAUGUUCUACAGCCAGGCCAAGAGGUCGCUGCCUCAAGAGGUGACUUCGUCAUUCUAUGCCCCGCUGGUGAACUUUAGCUGUGGUGUGGUGGCGGGAGUCUUGGCCUCACUGGUCACCCAGCCUGCAGAUGUUGUGAAGACCCACAUCCAAGUCAGCCCGUCUCACUGGAGCACGUUAGACGCUGUUCGCUAUAUCUACAGGGAGAAUGGCCUGAGUGGGUUUUUUCGUGGGGCGGUACCCAGGUCUCUCCGACGCACUCUGAUGGCUGCUAUGGCCUGGACUGUCUACGAACAGCUCAUGGCUCGAAUGGGCCUCAAAUCCUGAGGAGCAGCAGACUGGAACCACAGGAACAGAGGGCUGGAUGAAACAGAAGUGGGCUGUAACAGUUUGUGCAAUGAAUGCCCUAUGCAAGAGGAAAAGGGAGCGCCGCAGGGUGUAGAGACUGUUGUCUUACACCACCAAGGUGUUGAGCAGAGAUUCACAGUGGAUAGAAACAAGAGGGUGAUGAAGAGAGAGAUUGUUGUGUCCCUGUGUAUUGUUUUUGUCAUUUAAGUGUUUGUGAAAAUGUGCUGUUGUAUGUACAAUAUCUAUUGGUGUGGGGUCAUGAUCGUCAUGUAACACUUGUUACACUCUUCUAUCGAUCCUGAACUGAAGUGGCAUUCCCUCACUGCUGUGAAGUGAACUUACUCCUCCAACUUUUUAUGAUGGGAGUGAAACUCCAUAACACCCCCAGGAAUGGCUACCACUCCAAGUAAUGGCUGAAUCCGGUGACAGAGAUUCAGUGACACUCCUUGUCAGCCUAGUUGCCUUUGACAAGGUGUAUGAAAAGCUGUUAAGACAAAUGUGACAAGCUGAUGUACUCUGAGUGUGUGCUGAGGUAACCAAAAACAAAGUGCAGCGGAGAGAAAGGGAGAGGAACUCUGGCUUGAACUGUAUUUAUGAAACUUGCUUUAGACGGAGAGUCGUUUGUUUCGUAAGUUGCCAGCUGACUUGUAUUUAUCGACAGGCAGCCUGACAGGUGGACAUUUGGCUUUGUUUCACGCUCUGACAAUCACAAUUAGCCACACUGCUGUGCACUGAAAGAAAUCUAGUCUGGACUGAUGAACUUAUAUAAGCACAAGGAAGCUGUUGAUACACCAAUCAGAACUAUGCUAAUUUAAAAUUGGUGCAAACUGAGGUGCAUCCUUAACUCAGCAUACUCAAACCAGUAGUGCUUUCAGAACAAGUGAAGAUAGUCAGUCACAUCUGAACUUAGCAAACGCAACUCGCAGACAUUCAGAGCCGUGAUGGUAUCAGUCCCACUGGGAUUUUGCGGAGUGUUGUGUGAGUUUUGCAAUAAAAUGCUUAAUUUUGCAGCUUUCUCAACUGAGCACUUUGAUGAUAGGGUUUUUUAAAAGUUUUUUUUGUGAAGAGCGCAAUUUAAAUCUUACAGAUAUUGCAGGUAUUGUUGCAUUUGGCAAACUCCUGUAAUGGCAAAAUGCAAAUCAUGGAGCAACUAUUUAACAAAAAUGAGUAGCCUGUUACCAUAUUUCCAUCACAAGCUGCAAGUGAAGCAUAACUCAUUGAGCUACUUUGUGUAUAAGAGUUUUUGAAUAUAGAGAAUCUAUAUCAGUACUGGAAAGACAUGGGCCUUCACAUUCUCCAUCCUCCCUCUAGCCUUUGUAAAUACUUGACAAUAUACUUAUUCAUUGUUAAAGAAGGCCAUAUUUUUAUGUUGGCUGUACAGUGUGCCAUUUGCUAUGGAUAAUAUUUAUUAUUAAUAUUUAAGAGAUGAUCUAUUGAAAGGUUUAUUGUAUAGAGGUGUUUUAUUGAGAAAGCAGUGCUGAAUGGAAGUUCUCACCUGUAGAAAUGACUUGGCACCAUCAGCAUGAAUACACUGGAGGAGGUCUUGGUAACAUAACACAACUAGUCACUUGUAAACACUCUGCUCCCUCAUACAGAGCUGUGUUACACAAAUCUUUAACAUAGGAACAGCCUGUGUUGCUUACACAACAUUUUUUUUUUUUUUUUUUAAAAAGUCAGUUCUCCAGUAUUACUUCACAAGUUUUUAUUUCAAAAUCAAAAUGAAAGUGGCAAGCUGAUUCACUGAUAAUCCCUGAACAAUGGGAGAUGCAGGACCGAGCAGCUGAACUUGAAAAACAGAUGUAUGUUUACCGAAAGGAAGCUGAUGGCGGUGAACGUACGAGCGGAAUGUGUCUAACACUCAGCCUCUCUCUGUGUUUGCCAUGUAGCACAAACUGUGUACUUGACUGUGCUCUGCGUGCUAUAACACAUUUUGCCUUGUUAGUCUUCAAUAUCACAUCAUGCCCAUAGUCUGUUCAUUUGCUGUUGUGACUGUAUUGUAUAUGGUCAUUGGUAUUGUAGAUAUUUAGUCUGUGCAUGUGUUUGCUCAGACAGAUGCUGUGCCUGUUGGUUUAUAAAUUUAAUAAAGUUUUCCUUUUUGUAAAAGUCAA